AUGGCACCAUCGGCAUUAGCAGACAUUUACCCAAUCCCAGCGAGGCACUAUCCAAAGUCAUCCACUGUGGUAGCAAGUGUUCUGCAUGGACCACGGGAUCUAAGGCUGGAAACUCGGUCGAUACCAGAACCUAGCCCUGGUGAGCUUCAGAUUGCAAUCAAAGCCACCGGCUUGUGCGGUAGUGAUGUGUCGUAUUACAACAAAUUCCGCAAUGGCGAUCUGCAGGCCGUUCAGCCAUUGAGUCUGGGCCAUGAAUCGGCUGGUAUAGUAGUGUCUAUCGGGCCUGGCGUACAGGGCUUUUCAGUUGGCGAACGAGUAGCAUUGGAGGUCGGUGUGCCUUGUGAUAACUGUCGGUCAUGUCAGAGGGGGCGAUACAAUCUGUGCCCAUCAAUGCGCUUCAGAAGCAGCGCGAAGUCCGUGCCUCACUUCCAGGGUACGCUCCAGGAACGCAUAAACCACCCAGCGAAGUGGUGCCAUAAACUCCCUUCGCACGUUUCUCUCGAAUCAGCGGCACUGCUCGAGCCUUUGUCUGUGGCUAUUCAUGCAACACGACGAGCUACUGUUGAGCAGGGUGAUACAGCCAUCGUCUUCGGUGCGGGCACUGUCGGGCUGCUAACCGCUGCCAUGGCAAAGAUGUCGGGCGCGACGACGGUCGUUAUCGUAGAUGUUGACCAUGGUCGGAUAGAGUAUGCACUGGCGAACAAAUUCGCGCACAAAGGAUAUGUUGUUCCCUCACGCAGGCACGCAGGUGAGGCUUCAGGCCAGUUCGAGCCCGCAAAGGAGCUUGCCGAAGACGUGAUGCAGGUUGCAUCCCUGAAUGAUGUCGACUUCGAAGGAGCGGACGUGACGUUUGAUUGUACCGGGAAGGAGAUAUGCAUGCAGGCAGGCCUCUUCGUAAGUGACUGCCGAGUUGUUUGCAUGUCAGCAUCUAACAUUGAACAAGGCGACAAGACCCGGUGGCAAGCUGAUCAUGGUCGGUAUGGGAACUCCCGUACAAACUCUCCCUAUGUCUGCAUCCCAUCUGAAAGAAGUCGACAUCAUCGGUAUUUUUCGAUACGCGAACACGUACGCAACCGGAAUAAAAAUCAUCUCGUCAGGUGUCCUUCCCAGUCUUGAUAGAAUGAUUACCCACCGGUUCAAGGGUCUGGCUGCGGUUAAGGAAGCCUUUGAUCUUGCUGGCAAGACGACCGAUCAGGACGGCAACCUUGUAUUGAAAGUCCUCGUUGAAACAUGA